AUGAAAAUUAAAAAUUCAAGAUGCGUAGUGAGAGAAUUCCGAUUUCAGGAAAGCGGAUCAGUGGAAGCGAAUGUUCUCUCAGUGAUGCUGAAACCAGCCCCAUAUAGCGAUGAUCCGGAAUUAAUUGCUCUACGUGAAAGCAUUGAUUAUUCGAAGAAAAUUACAACUGAAAUGGCAGAAAAUGACCAAGCUGGACGUCCGGUACGUGUGUUCGCUAAUGGCGUAUAUGAUUUGUUCCACUAUGGGCAUGCGAAACAGCUAAAACAAGCAAAAAAUGCUUUCCCGAAUGUUUAUCUUAUCGUUGGAGUCUGUGGUGAUGCAAGCGCCCUCAAAUAUAAAGGUCAUACCGUAUCGACGGAAGAUGAAAGAUAUGAUGGCGUGCGCCACUGUCGUUAUGUGGAUGAGGUGUACAAGGAUGCUCCGUGGCACUGUACAGUUGAAUUUCUGAAGGAACUCAAGAUUGAUUUCCUCGCUCACGAUGCGCUAUCGUAUGUUGAGCUUGGCGAUGAAGAUUUGUACGAACCGAUCCGACGUGAGGGAAUGUUCCUUGAAACACAGCGAACAGAGGGCGUCUCAACUAGCAACGUUGUUUGUCGCAUUAUUUCUGAUUACGACAAUUACGUACGCCGCAAUAUUCAGCGAGGCUAUUCACCUGAGGAACUAAAUGUCGGAGUUCUUUCAGUUCGAAGAUAUCAGCUACAAAAUCAGAUGGACCAACUGAAACAAAAAAGUACGGGAUUUCUAAGAACGCUGUGUAACAAGCGAGAUGAUUUUUUACGUGGAUUCCAGGAAACCUUGCAAAUGAACGGCGGAAUUGGUUUUAACCUUGUUGGUAAUCGACUGAGGACGCUUGUAUCACGCAGUCCGCCACCGUCGCAUUAUGAAAGACAAGCAAAAAAUGACACAGUUGAUGCCUCGUCAACUCAUGAUCAGCUGGUCGGAACACUUGAAGUGACAACUCCUGCUCACACUCAGACAUCUGAAAUUUUGUGA